AUGGACAGCGCGGCAGCCUUCGGCGUGGACAAGCAGUUCGGCCCCAGCCCCGGGCGGAUCCCGGAGCCGCCUGACAACCCGCAGGGCAGGAAAAACUUCAGUGUCAGCCACCUCCUGGACCUGGAGGAAGUGGCGGCCGGCAUGAACGGGCGCAAGGAGCCCGGCGCGGAGGCGAGGGACGGCGCCAAGGGGCUGCAGGAGCCGUCCGGCGGCAGCAGCGGCAGCGAGGCGGCCCCCCAGGACA